AUGACUGACUCCUGUCCAUGCAAAGCCGGAACUGAAAUCCCCAAAGACGGAACUGGCGUUGUAAAACUAGAUCCCUGGCUCUCGCCAUUUUCAGACUCUCUGAAGUCAAGAUACACUAAAGCUCAAGAUUGGAUAAAAGUAAUCGAAGACACAGAGGGAGGCCUAGAACAAUUCAGUAGAGGAACUGAAAAAUUUGGAUUUAACAUCGAUGAGCAAAAUAACAUCACAUACAGAGAGUGGGCACCCAAUGCAACUAAAGCAUUUCUCAUUGGUGAUUUCAACGACUGGAAUCGAGAUAGCCAUCCUAUGACCAAAGAUAGAUACGGAGUAUUUGAAAUCGUGGUGAACGCAAAAGAUGGCGCCCCAACUAUUGCACAUUAUUCUAAGCUGAAGAUAUCACUUAUAGUUCCCUCUGGAGAGCGUAUUGAACGAAUCCCAGCAUGGAUACAAUUUGUGACGCAAGAAAUCUCUGUAUCGCCUGUUUAUGAUGCUCGGUUCUGGAAUCCCCCCGAAUCUGAGCGGUACAACUUUAAGCAUCCUCGUCCUCAAAGGCCGAAUAGUGUUCGGGUUUAUGAAGCGCAUGUUGGGAUAUCUUCCCCUGAACAAAAAGUAGCCACUUAUAAGGAAUUCACCAAAAACAUAUUACCCAGGAUAAAGUACCUUGGAUAUAACGUUAUUCAGCUAAUGGCAGUAAUGGAACAUGCAUAUUAUGCGAGUUUCGGCUACCAGGUCAAUAAUUUCUUCGCCGCUAGCAGUAGAUAUGGAUCUCCAGAAGAUUUAAAAGAGCUCAUCGACGUUGCUCAUGAGCUUGGUAUAAUGGUGCUCUUGGAUGUCGUCCAUAGUCACGCAUCGAAAAACGUAUUAGAUGGCCUGAAUGAAUUUGACGGUUCAGAUAAUUGCUAUUUCCAUUCUGGUCCUAAGGGUAAUCACGAAUUGUGGGAUAGUAGGCUUUUUAAUUAUGGCUCACACGAAGUCUUACGAUUUUUACUCAGCAAUCUACGUUUUUGGAUGGAUACGUAUAAUUUUGAUGGGUUUAGAUUUGAUGGCGUUACUAGCAUGCUUUACACUCACCACGGAAUCGGAACGGGGUUUUCUGGUGGCUAUCAUGAAUAUUUUGGACCUGGUGUGGACGAUGACGCCAUUUCUUAUUUGAUGCUUGCAAACGAAAUGUUACACCAGAUCUAUCCUCAAGUGAUUACAAUUGCAGAAGACGUAUCUGGAAUGCCUGCACUAUGCUUACCAUUAUCAUUGGGGGGUGUCGGAUUUGAUUAUCGACUUGCCAUGGCCAUUCCCGAUAUGUGGAUUAAAGUAUUAAAAGAAAAAAGAGAUGAAGAGUGGGAUAUGGCUAAUAUCUGCUUUACCCUAACCAACCGGCGUUAUCGUGAAAAAACUAUUGCUUAUUGCGAGAGUCACGAUCAGGCGUUGGUUGGAGAUAAAACAAUCAUGAUGCAUCUAUGUGACGCUCAGAUGUAUUCAAAUAUGUCUACUCUCACAGAGCUAACGCCUGUUAUAGAACGGGGAAUGGCUUUGCAUAAAAUGAUUCGUUUACUCACUCAUGGCCUUGGAGGAGAAGGAUACCUCAACUUCGAGGGUAACGAGUUUGGUCAUCCGGAAUGGCUCGACUUUCCACGUGUUGGAAAUAAUGAUAGUUACUGGUAUGCACGCCGACAGUUUAAUUUGACAGAUGAUCAUCUUCUUCGUUACAAAUUCCUCAACGAAUUCGAUGCAUGCAUGAACAAUUUAGAACAGAAAUAUGGUUGGCUACACGCCGACCAGGCUUAUAUCAACUUGAAAAACGAAUCGCAUAAGAUCAUUGUUUUUGAGCGUGCAGGUUUGGUUUGGGUGUUUAAUUUUCAUCCGACUGAGAGUUUUGCUGAUUAUAGAUUUGGUGUUGAACAAGAGGGUGUAUUUAAGGUCGUUCUGGACACUGAUGCCAAGUCAAAUGGAGGUUUUGGACGCAUUGACCCUUCUUCUAGAUACUUUACCUCUCCAGAAAGCAUGCACGAUAGAAAAAACUCCAUGCAAGUUUACAUUCCGACAAGAACAGCUAUAGUUCUUGCACUUGAGAGAACGCUUUUAGAAACAAAUGUUAUUUCAGUAGUCACACAAUCUACAAAUAAUUACAGUAAUUAG